AUGACCAAUGAGAUUUCUAUAGUAUCUAGUAAUAAGUUCAUGGGCUUAGCCGAUGGGAAUCUUCUUAAUUGGUGUCCUACAUUGAAUUUAAUUACUGUAACUAUGAAUAAAAUGUCAGUAUGGGUAUAUAGAUUAAAUGGAGAAAGAAUAUAUUCAGUUAAUAAUAAAUCACCAAUUACUGCUAUAACAUUUAUGAAAAAUGGUUUAUAUUUUUGUCUAGCAGGUAUAGAUGGAAAGAUUAAAAUAUUUGAUUCGAAUAAUGGUAAAUUAAUUAAAAUUUUACAAUCUGAUUUUAAUCAAGUUAAAUUAAUUAAUUGGAAUUUUCAUAUAUAUAAGAGUUAUGGAAAAUUCGAUAAUUUAUUUAAAGUUGAUGUAUUGGAUUUUCUUCCCUUAAUAUCUUUAAAUGAAGAAAUUCCUACUUCUGAUAUUAAUGAAAUUAAUAAUAAUUCUAAUGAUGUUAAUUUUCUUAUAAUUGUUGAUUCAAAACGUUUAUGUAUUACCUUUAAUAAUUUAUUAGUGGUGGAUGAUAUUUCUACUAAUCUUAAAGGUAUAGAAUUUAAACAUCAUCUUGAUAAUAAUGAUUUAUUCAAUCAAUACUUUUUAGUAGAAACAGAAGAUCAUAAAGAUCAAUUACUUCAAUGGAGUAUUCAAGUUAAACAUAAGAAAUAUUUAGUUGAUAUAAUAGUGAAAAUUUGUAAAAUUAUUAAUAUACUAAGUUAUUUAGAAUCUCAAUUACAAUUUUGUCAAACUAAAGUUAAACCAUUCAUUCAAUUAUAUGAUAGAUAUUUAUCAAAUUUAAGUGAUUGUAUAGAAGGAGAAGAUUUAACAGUUUACUUAUUUGAUUUAUUAUUAACUAAUCUUAUUCCAGAGAAUACAAAGGAUUAUUGGUUAAAUGAAUUUGGAGAAAGAGGUUAUAAAAGACUUAAUAAACUUGGUACAGUAAUGUAUGAUAGUUUAAGAAAUGUUAUGUUUGUUCAAAUAAUUGCUUGUUUAGAAAGAUUAUGUAUACUUUUAAAUGAUUUACAUUCUUUAUCAAAAUGGUUAAAGGAUUCUGAUCCACAAGAAUCUUUUGGAUUAAAUCCACUAAUGAUUAAUGAUUUAUUAAUAAUUACUAAGAAUUUUUUAAAGAAAGUUUAUAAACUUAUUUGGGAAAUAAAUAAAGAACAAGAGUUAUUUAAUAAUUUUAUCGAGUGGAUAAAGACAGAAAUAAUUGAAAAGAUUUCAAAUGAUGAACCAGUUGGUAUUCCUAUAGUAAAAGAAACUGAUAUAAUUUCAUAUUUAAAUGGUAGUCUUUUUAAUAGUAAAAUAUGGGAUUAUAUAAAUUUGGAUUUAAGUAAUAAUGAUAUUUUAACUAAACAAGAAAAUCCUCAAUUAUUACCAACAUUAUUAGAACAACUUACGAAAGAAUUUAGAAUUAAAUUAUUACAACCAAUUUCCACGUUUUUCCGAUCAAACCUAAAAUUUGAUUUAAUAAAUCUUCCAAUUAAUUUAUCUACAAAUAGUAAAUUACAUUAUAUUAAUGAAAAUUUUAGUAUAAUUACAAGUUUUUCAAAAUCUUCACCAACAUCAUUAUCAUUAUUGAAAUUUUCCUAUGAAGAUCCUACCCAGGCUAUUUCAAGUCAACUUGAAUUUCAAAAUGAAAUAAUUAACUAUCAGGUUUAUAAAGAUCAAGUAAUCACCUUAAUAAAAGAUGAAAAUCAAUCAUAUCAGAUUGUAAAGUCAAAUUUAACAACUCUUUCAUCAAAAAUAAUACCAUUUCCUCAAUUAUCUAAUCCACAAAAUAUAACUCUAAAUGCAGAAUAUGGAUGUGUAUUAGAUUCAAAUCGACAGAAUUAUAUUGUAUUUAAAUAUUAA